UUGUGGCAGCGCCAUUUUGAACCUGCGGCUGGUGAGGGCGUGAGUUUCGGGAGGCUGGGCUACGGCCUCGGUUACCGGGCGGUGUCUCCCCUCACUUUCUCUGGUGUGUUUCCAUAGAUACUUGUGGAGACGUAUCCGUCUUUACAUCUAGGCUGGUAUCCAGUGUCGAGGCGGACUCGUGGAAGAUGAUGUUACGAGGAAACCUGAAGCAAGUGCGCAUCGAGAAGAACCCGGCCCGCCUUCGCGCGCUCGAGUCGGCAGCGGGCGAAGGGGAGCCGGCGUCCGCGGCGGCCAUGGCGCUGACGCUGGCGGGGGAGCAGGCCCCACCGGGCCCCGCGCCCUCGGAGGAGCAUCCCGAGGAGGAGGUGGGCUUCACCAUCGACAUCAAGAGUUUCCUGAAGCCGGGCGAGAAGACGUACACGCAGCGCUGCCGCCUGUUCGUGGGGAACCUGCCCACCGACAUCACCGAGGACGAUUUCAAGCGGCUCUUCGAGCGCUACGGCGAGCCCAGCGAGGUCUUCAUCAACCGCGACCGCGGCUUCGGCUUCAUCCGCCUGGAAUCCAGAACACUGGCUGAAAUUGCAAAAGCAGAAUUGGAUGGCACCAUUUUGAAGAGCAGACCCCUCCGAAUUCGCUUUGCUACACAUGGAGCAGCCUUAACUGUCAAGAACCUUUCUCCCGUUGUUUCCAAUGAGCUUCUAGAGCAAGCAUUUUCCCAGUUUGGUCCUGUAGAGAAAGCUGUUGUGGUUGUGGAUGAUCGUGGUAGAGCUACAGGAAAAGGUUUUGUAGAAUUUGCAGCAAAACCUCCUGCACGCAAGGCUCUGGAGAGAUGUGGAGAUGGGGCAUUCUUGCUAACAACUACACCUCGUCCAGUCAUUGUGGAACCCAUGGAGCAAUUUGAUGAUGAAGAUGGUUUGCCAGAGAAACUAAUGCAGAAAACUCAACAAUAUCAUAAGGAAAGAGAACAACCACCACGAUUUGCUCAACCUGGGACAUUUGAAUUUGAGUAUGCAUCUCGAUGGAAGGCUCUUGAUGAAAUGGAAAAACAGCAGCGUGAGCAGGUUGAUAGAAACAUCAGAGAAGCCAAAGAGAAACUGGAAGCAGAAAUGGAAGCAGCUAGGCAUGAACACCAAUUAAUGCUAAUGAGGCAAGAUCUAAUGAGACGUCAAGAAGAACUCAGACGCUUGGAAGAACUCAGAAACCAAGAGUUGCAAAAACGGAAGCAAAUACAGCUCAGACAUGAAGAAGAACAUCGUCGUCGUGAGGAAGAAAUGAUUCGACAUAGAGAACAGGAGGAACUGAGGCGACAGCAAGAAGGCUUUAAACCAAACUAUAUGGAAAAUAGAGAACAGGAAAUGAGAAUGGGUGAUUUGGGUCCCCGUGGAGCAAUAAACAUGGGAGAUGCGUUUAGCCCAGCACCUGCUGGUAACCAAGGUCCUCCUCCAAUGAUGGGUAUGAAUAUGAACAACAGAGGAACUAUACCUGGCCCUCCAAUGGGUCCUGGUCCUGCCAUGGGACCAGAAGGAGCUGCAAAUAUGGGAACUCCAAUGAUGCCAGAUAAUGGAGCAGUGCACAAUGAUAGGUUUUCUCAAGGACCACCAUCCCAGAUGGGUUCACCUAUGGGAAGUAGAACGGGUUCUGAAACCCCUCAAGCACCAAUGAGUGGUGUAGUUCCUGUGAGUGGUGGGCCUGGUGGCUUUGGUAGAGGGAAUCAAGGGGGCAGCUUUGAAGGUCCUAAUAAGCGUCGUAGAUAUUAAAUAUUCUUUCAUUCCUGGCUAUUUAGAAGAGAAUAUUCAGUGGUAUGCCUUUACACUUUUACCUGUUAUCUGGAAGAAAUAGUUUUAUUGUUAACGUUCGUAGAGUUAAACUUUUUUCUUAUGUAAACGAGGUUUUUGUAUUUUUCUUUAUUCAUAAGCUUUGUAGAUUAGAAUGAUGAUGCUUAUCAUUGUGAAUGUUAAAAAUGUGUUUGUGAUUUUAGCUAACUAUAACUAUGCCACAGUACUGUGAAAUUUAUGUAGUUACUUAAUCUGAAUAAAGAAAUCUUUGGAUAAUAUAAAAAUGUUAUUAGUGGUACUCCCUUGCAGUUUUACGAAACUCGCUGUAAUAGUAAUAUUUUGGUUGCUCUAAUCUCAUCCAUUUAAAGGUGAAAAUGAUUUCACUUUAUAGCUUGCAUAAGCAGCCCUGAAGAUAGAAGCUUAAUGAAGAUAAUGUCCAAGCAGUAGGUAGAGAAGUAUAUUUGGGGGUGGGAGGGCAUGAGAGUUUAAUUUGUAUAAACACUUGCUGUUCUGUUAAAUUGGAGUUGUUGCUUACUUUCAGAGAUUCUGAGUAUUCAAAUAUUCUUAGGAUUAUUAAGGGUAUCUUUGUCCUGUGCUGAUUUUCCAAAAUAAAUCUUUUGAAUCUUGAAAAAAACUGUUUGAAGGCAAAUCUCUUUGCUUAAAAAAUAAUGUUUUAAUUUACCUGUGAUCAUUUACAUGGUAUCAAUAUCCAGAUCUUGCCCAUUAUCACUAUAGUUAAUGUUAAUUUUUAAUUAAAAAAAUCAAACAAUAUUGUUGGGUUAGCAUGUAACUUCUCUAAUGAUCAGAGGACUGAAUCUAAGAAAUACAGUUCAAAUGGGGCUUUUAAAAGCAGAGUUUACUUCAGGCUGAUUAUAAUUGGUAGGCUGAGGCAGGAGAUUUGUGAGUUUUAAGAUAGCAGAGACCCUGUCUCAGAAACAAGCCAAAACAAAGAAUUUGGAAUGGUAGGAUUGUUGGUAUAUGAUUUAGAUCACUCUUCCUCAAAAACCUGUUUUGUAUUUGAUUUUUGAUGUUAGGGGCAAUGAUAGUAGGAUUGUUGGUAUAUGAUUAGAUCACUCUUCUUGAAAAACUUGUUUUGAAUUUUCAGUACCGAGGGAAAAUUAUUUUAUUAUAUUGUAAUAUUUAUUUUAAAAUAUACUCAGCUAUAUUUAAAAUUUUGGUCAUGUUGAUCGUGUAUGUUUAAAAUUACAUGAAGGAAUCUCAUAUUUGACCUGCAGUAUCUAAUUCACUAUCUACUGAUCAUAGUAGUUAUUUCUCACAUACCUUUUCAGUGUAUUAAAAUAUCCUGCUUUAACCACAAUUCUGGAAAAUAACAUGC